UUUCAGUUUCAGUUCCGUUUUGUUUACCCUUCGGGACUUCAAGCUCUGCAACUCCAACUGAACCAGAGAGCCUGUCAAACCCUAAAAACUUCGACCUACAAACUAACACUAUUCUAGAACUACCUCAAAGCUCCAUUUAAGUUCUUCAACCAGCUUUGGCGAUGAUAAAAAACCAGCAAGCUCUGCAAAUGACUACGCAGGCCAGAAAGCACAAGCUUCAACCAGCUCCUCCUCACCCUAAGAGGCUACGAUCCAAGAUUGCUCGCAGGAAAAUCCAGAAUCUAUCGGAAAAUGAUCCGGAAUUUGGACGUUUUCCGGCUAUUUCCUCCUCAUCAACGAGUUUUUCAACUGGAUUAUCCUGUACUUCAAGUUUGACAGUUACCGGAAAUCAAAGCCAAAAUACCAAGGCCAGAAGCAUUUGUAAGAGGAGAGGACAAACGGGAGCAACGAAAUUAGGUGAAAAGUAUCAGGAUAAUAGAGGAGAGAAUCGUGGCUUGGAAUCACUUCUGAAAGCUGAUGAUCAGAGCUUUUGUGGAGUGGUGAAGCUUAAUCAAGAGACUAGAAAGAGGAGGACUACCUCUACUUUGCGAGGAAAAGUAGCAGGAAGUUCACGGGGAAAAGAGAAAAUCAGUAUUCAGAGAGAUGUUUUUUCCGGCACUUCUUGCUCCGAAAUUGUGAUUGAAGAUAAUUCUCGAAGCUAUAGCAAAUCGGCUAAGUUUGGGGAAGUGAUAACCACGAGAGUGACCAGAUCUGCUCUGCAAAAGAGGGAAGCGAGAAAUUCAUCUGAAAUUGACGCAAAUAGAGCAAGUCAGUCCCAUUUUUUGGUGAAUUCUAGCUCUGGAAAAGAAAUUGAAGCGAAUUCUGGCCGUUUUAGCAAAUUAGAAGUUGUUUCAGAGGAGACAAUUGAUCAAAACACCAGAUCAACUUUUCGGAAGGAAGCAACCAGUGCAUCGCCAAAUCAAGAAGAAAAUGGAGGCAAUUCACUCGCAUUUUCAGGUACAUCUUACUUGGAGCCUGAGCCUAAAGAAGUUACUAAAACAAGAAGAAGAUUAACUUUUCGUAAGAUAUCAGAAGAGAAUUCGUCAAAAAUUUAUGAAAAUGGAUUAGAACUCUCGGAUACUUCUUGCUUACAACCCUCCAUUAAAGAUGACUCUCUGAGCUUCACCGAAUCAGAGUCAUUUUGUAGAGACACGACAGAGGAAAACACCAAAUUUCAGAGGAAUGCCGGAAAAUUCACACUCAAACUCCCAUUUUCUGGCGAAAAGGUCGCCGCGAAAUGGUCUCCUGAAAGGGAACCAAAGGAUUUUCCGGCCAUCGCUUUCUCGGACACCUUCUGCCUGGACUCCAUCGCACGUACGAGUACCAGAGACUUCUCCGAAUCUCACCACCAAUUCCGUGAAAAUUUCCUCCCUUGCCCUUCUGAGUCCACUAUCGAGUUGAUAAAAGAGGACUCGAACUCGGACUUGGCAUGCUCAGAACACUUAUCAAGCGUUGAUUCAGCAUGUCGCAAUGGAAUCGACUCGCCACUUUAUCUGUUCGAGUCAAGGAAUUUUCUUGCUAACUUUUCAGGCAAGAACACCGUAAACUGGGAUCCCGGUUCCCCUUGCCCUAGCUAUGCCCAAUUCUCUUCCUCUCCUUCCUUUUCAUCAGUAUCCUCUGAUUUUUCGGAGUGUAUGGCUACGAAAUCUUCAUCACAUUCAGAGACUUUCUCUCUCUUCCUGAAGUACACAGAGGAGCUUCCGAGGUUCAGGCCAAACGUGGAGUACUUUAAGGCUGGACAUGGCGGCGAUUUUGCAGGCGAUUUUAAGCUUUCGGAGUUUGCAGAGUCGGCGAUGGAAGAAAGUUACAUGAGGUUCAGAUACAGGGAGAGACGUGAGGUGUUCCUUCACAACUACGUUCAACAACACAGAUCCACCGACUAUGGCGAUCUCAUCCGAACCCAGCGCUCCCUUCUCGUUAACUGGAUCGUCCAGCGUUCGAAGAAAUUGGGGCUUCAAUGGCAAACGUUGUUUUUGAGCGUGAACUUAUUGGACCGAUUCUUAUGCAAAGCCGUGUUCAAGACAGAGAGUCGCCUCCAAAUCCUGGGAAUCGCUUGCGCCACUCUAGCCACUAGGCUUGAAGAGAACCAGCCACUUAAUAGCGUUAGGCAGAAGACUUUUCAGGUAGGGAGCAAUGUGUAUAACAGGUGUGAGGUGGUGGCCAUGGAGUGGGUGGUUCAGAAAGUCCUUUGCUACAGAUGCCUUCUCCCCACUACAUUGGACUUCUUAUGGUUUUAUUUGAAGGCGGCGGGGGCAGAUGCAGAGAUAGAGGUAAGCGCAAGAAAUCUGGCUGUUUUGUCACUUGGGGACCAGGAGUUGCUAGGGUAUUGGCCCUCAACCAUUGCUGCUGCCCUUGUUAUCCUUGCAUGCCUCGCUGCUGACUACGACCAAGCUUCCGAGUGGGUCAUUGAGACUCAUAUUAGGAGCAAAAGCGACGAUCUUGCUGAAUGCAUACAGAGUCUUGAGUGGCUAGUGGAGCAUACCUCGUAGAGUACAGAGCCAAUAUUCUCUACUUUUUUUUCUUUUUUCUAUUACAAAUUUCAUUACGGUGGCGUAAUAAGCCAGCCAAUGUCUCAUGCAAUUCCUUCUUUUUACGCUCUGCUGGAUAAAUAAGCGGCCAUCACCUGAGUGGGCUGGCACUCCUCUCUCUCUCUCUUGAAGACGAUUGUCCUGAGCAACAAUUGAUUCUUUUUGAGCAAGUAAAUGACAUUUGAUUUGCCUGAGCAUUUAUCAGGCUUUAUUUGUUUCAAUUUUGCA